CAGUCAUGUUAUUGUUUACAGUCUGACAGUGACACAGCACGAGCUGUCAGCACUCGGCAACUUCAGUCUGUCAUUAGGAGAUUUAUAUUUGACACUUUUAUUUUUUUCUUUUCAUGUGAAAUAGUCUGGACCCUAUGUUAUAUCCGUAACCGUUCCACUAUAAAGUUUUCAAAGUUUUGUUUGCUAGUUGCCGGUGAACUAGCCAGCCGGCUAACUCUCGGUGGAUGUGAGUCAGCUAACUUUGUACGAGGCUCGCUGUCAUUUUGACGUUAUCUCUUUGUGCCGUCAUGGACCAAACCAACUCUUACCCAGUGAAGCUGUACGUCUACGACAUGUCCAAAGGCAUGGCCCGCCAGCUGAGUCCUCUCAUGCUCGGGAGACAACUUGAUGGGAUAUGGCACACUGCUAUUGUUAUCCAUGGAAAGGAGUUCUUCUUUAUGGGAGAAGGCAUCAGCAACUGUCCACCUGGUGGCACCCCCUUGGGUCAGCCUGACUCCAUAGUGGACCUAGGCUCCACGGAGGUGCCUGAAGACAUAUUUAUGGAAUACCUGAUUUCACUGGCAGAAUCAACUUACAGAGGUGACAAGUACAACUUGUUUGAGCACAACUGCAACAAUUUCAGCAACGAGGUGGCUCAGUUCCUCACGGGCAAAAAGAUCCCAUCGUACAUUACAGACCUUCCAUCUGAUGUGCUGUCCACGCCUUUUGGCCAGGCUCUCCGUCCCCUUCUGGAUUCCAUCGUCAUAAAUCCUGGAGGCACCAACAUAACCGGACAGCGAUAGAUUUUAUUUAAGGGUUUGUGGGUGAAAGUGGGACACUUGCCAUCAGCCACCACCCGAUCAUAUCUCUGCCUUUGCGCGUUAAUCUUUGCUAUAAGUCACUUUUCCAGUUAACCAGUUACAUCAGUGGAUGCUCUUCUCUAUUCAGUAUCUACAUAUUAUUCACACCAGGUUUCAAGGUGUGCUAGCCAUUGGGACCAGGGGACAAAAAAGAGUAGAGUUCUACUCUGGGUGUGAUAAAUCAGGUAAAAUUACGAGUUUUUGUGUAUUAAUGAAGUGAGAUUACUUCACCUGGCUUAACCAAAUCACUAUAUAUGCUCCAUAACUGUACUUUUGAUUGUUAUUUUUGAAUUUUAAUGACCUGCACAGGUGCUCUUUAAAAAGCUUUUUAAAUAUACAUCCUCAUCCUAAGGUGCUUUUGUUAUGGCACAAGAUAUGAUUGUCUGUUAUGAUGUGUGUUACAAGUCAUUGACUUGUGAAAAAAAAAUUUGUCAAAUAUGA